AUGCCCGGCCUAGCACGCAAAGUCCUCAUCUGUGCAGCCGUCGACGGACUAAUCCUGCACCCCUUAAACUCCUCCUCAUCCUCCUCCUCCAACAGCAGGAGCAGCAGCCACGCACGCUCCCCCGCCUCACCCCCAAUCCGCAUCCGCUACGGCGAUGCCUCGAUCUCCCCGGCCCCGCGGGAGUCCGCCACUGACCCGUCGUCUCUGCCAUGUUUUGAGGCGUACGGUAUUGUUGGCCUCAUAACAGUAUUCCACCACAGCUUCCUCAUCUCCAUUGUCCGCCGGACCCAAGUCGCUUCUCUCCUCAACAACAACAGCAGUAGCGGCAGUAGCAGGGGAAGUUCACCAGUCUAUGUCAUAACCGAAGUAGCUUUGACGCCAUGUGCGUCACACGCCGAAGCGAGUCGGGCGGUGGCUGAGACGGCGGCGGGGUUGAAGGCGAGGGCGAGGGGGAAGGAGGAGGAGGAGGAGGAGGAUGGGUCGCGGUCGCUGGGCGGUUCGGGCGUGAUAGAUGGGGAGAGGGAGGGGGACGAGGUGGUGUCGGUGGUUGGGGGGGGUGGGGAGGAUGAGACGGGGUCGGGGAGGCUGAGCGAGGAGGUUAGGGAUGAAGCCGGGGAGGUGUUUAGUGAGCCGGAGGGGGGAGGGGAGGAGGAGGACGGGGGUAAGGGGCAUGCGAGGAAUGGGAGUAGUGUUGCGCAGGAUGUGAUAAGGAGGAAGGGGAGUUAUGGACGGUUUGCGCAGCGCUGGUUUAGCGGGUCGGGGUGGGCGAUGGAUCAGACGCGGACGUUGGGGUUGAGUGCCGGUGGGGGGGCUGCUGCUGCCUCUGCUUCUAAUAGUAGUGGUGGAAGUGGUGGGAGUAGUAGUGGUAGUGGCAAUGGCAGUGGGAAAGCCUCCGGGACAUCAUCAAGCGACGACGGCGCAGCAGCAGCAACAGCAGCAGCCCUCAGCCUGCUCCCCAAGCUACUCCGGACGAGCCAAAUCCUGUUCGGGUCCAGCAAGACCUUUUAUUUCGCCUACGACCACGACAUCACGCGCAGCAUGGCCAACCCGAAACUGCCAGCGUCCACGCCGCUGGUGCCGCUGCACGAGCACGUCGAACCGACGUACUUUUGGAACCGCCACAUCAUCCAGCCGUUCAUCGACGCCGGCGUCGACAGCCUCGCACUGCCGCUGAUGCAGGGGUUUGUCGGCCAGCGAACGUUUGUUGUGGACAGCCAGCCGCCGCAGCACGACGAGGACGGCAGCAACAAUAACAAUAACAACAGCAGCAGCAGUAGUAACAACAAGAACAACAACAAGAACAAAAACAAAAACGGCGUCACCAAGGACUCGGUCGAGCUGAGCGACUUUGCUACGUCCCGGGCCACAUCCCCGACACCCACCACGUCCUCCAUGCCGAUGACCCCUGAAAAGGUCACAACCACAGCCACACCCGGCAUGCGGCCAUCAGAAAAGAAAUUCGACAUUACCAUCAUCUCCCGCCGGUCCACCCAGCGCGCCGGCCUACGCUACCUCCGGCGGGGCAUCGACGAAGACGGCAACGUCGCCAACUCCGUAGAAUCCGAGCAGCUCCUCACCCCAGCAGACGCAGCAUGGGACCCCAACGCGAAAGUGUACUCGUUCGUGCAGACGCGCGGCAGCAUCCCGCUCUUCUUCACGCAGUCGCCGUACUCGCUCAAGCCGGUGCCUGUGCUGCAGCACUCGGAGGAGGCCAACUACGCGGCGCUGGCGAGGCAUUUCGCCGGGUUGCAGAGGCGGUAUGGCGAGGUGCAGGCGGUGAAUUUGGUUGAGAAGCAUGGGGUUGAGGCGGCGAUUGGGGGGAUGUAUGAAAGGAUGAUGAGGCGGUUGAAUGAGGACGACGAGAAGGAGAAAGUGCGGUUCGAGUGGUUCGACUUCCACGCCGUGUGCCGGGGCAUGAAGUUCGAGAACGUGUCGCUCCUCCUCGAGAUCCUCUCCGACCAGCUCGAGGCCUUUGGCAGUUCCAUCUCGGACGGCCACAGCAACAAUAACGGGAACAACAACAACAACCUCUUAGCCAAGCAAAAAGGCAUCCUGCGCACCAACUGCAUGGACUGCCUGGACCGCACCAACGUGUGCCAGAGCUCGUUCGCCAAGCACAUGCUGGACUGGCAGCUGCGCAGCGAAGGGUUCGACAUGGCGGCCCAGGCGGACCAGGAGAAUGCCUGGUUCAACACGCUGUGGGCGGAUAAUGGGGAUGCCAUCUCGAAGCAGUACGCGUCGACGGGGGCUAUGAAGGGGGAUUAUACGCGCACGCGGAAGCGCAACUACCGGGGGGCUUUGACCGAUGCGGGCUUGUCGUUGACGCGGUUGUUUAACGGCAUGUUCAACGACUUCUUCCUCCAAGCCAGCAUCGACUUCCUCCUCGGCAACGUCACCUCCCUCGUGUUCGAAGAAUUCGAAGCCACCAUGAUGACCAAAGACCCAGCCGUCUCCAUGCACAACAUGCGCCAGCAAGCCAUCGAACUCUGCCAGAAGCGCGUCGUCGCCGACGAGGACGAGGACCUAGUCGGCGGCUGGACCCUACUUACCCCAGCCACCCCCAACACCAUCCGGCCCGUGGCCGGCGUGGCCCUCGACGAGGCCGUUCUACUACUAACCGACGCCGCCCUGUACCUCUGCCGCUUCGACUGGAACCUCGACAAGGUGUCGUCCUUUGAGCGCGUCGAGCUGGGCCAUGUGCGCAGCGUCAAGGUCGGGACGUACAUCACGUCUACCAUCUCACCCGCGCAGACCGAUGAGGCGCGUAAUGUGGGAUUGGUCGUGGCGUAUCAGCCAGGUGUGGCCGAUAUCACACGCGUCAACACCCGCUCGCUGUCGUCUGUGUCGACGCCUAGUUCCCCUGUGGUUACUCGGACUGAGCCUGACAGACAGCAAUCACAACAACAACAACCCUCUUCCACGUCCCCCCCAUCCUCCCCGCCUCUGUCCUCCUCAGUAAGCAUAACCAGCUUCCUAACCCGCCGCCCCGCAGCAGCAGCACAACCACAACAACAAGAACCACAAAAACAACAACAACCAACCCGUCUACUCGCCCUCAAAGCCCUACACAGCCAGACCUCCACCGCCGACCCCCCGUCUGCUCGACGACGCCACUUGAGCGAGACCCAGCAGGUGGCCCUGAUUGCGAGUGAGAUUGAGCGGUUGGCUUUGUUGCGUCAGCCGUGGGGGGCGGGUAAACAGGAUGAGGAAAAUGGAAAAGGGGAAGAAAAAGAGGGAACCGAAAAAGGAUUGAUUGAAAAGGGGGAUAUUAUUUCGUUGGCCGAGGCUAGGCGGAAUACGACGCUGUUUGAACAGUUGGGGCAUUCGAUUAAGAAGUUGGUGUGGGCGUAG